AUAAGAAUUGUGUGCUAGGCAUUUAAAUUUCCUUAAGAUAUAAGAAGAUUUAACAUUUGUCAUGUCAAACAAUUUUCGUAUUUUAAUCCCUCUUAAGCUUUACUAAAUCCAAAAUUUUCAAAAUUUACUAAAUUCUACGUGCAGCUAACCUGAAUAUAAGUAAUCUGUUGAAAGAAAUAUGAUGCAGGGGAUGCUUACUUGUCUACUUGGAAAUCUCACAUUGCUCUCCUACUUUGCUAAAAAGAAAGAGAAGGAGGCCAUAUUAGUUCAAACAUUGGGUGUUGUAUCUAUCUACAUUGUGAUUGUGCAGCUUGCCGUUGCCGGAGCGAUGCCUUUACUGCAGUUUACGGCCACGUCGGCUGCUGUUGUUGCUGGGCUUGUGCUGAACUUCAUGAACUAUUAUGGAUGGCUUCUACAAUGGGUUUGGCAGAUUUGGGAGGAUUUUAUCACCAUUGUGGGAAUUUCUGUUCUUCCACAGGUUAUGUGGUCGACAUUUGUCCCGUAUAUUCCAAGUAGCAAUUUGCCUGGGCUUAUUUGUUGUAGCUUGGCUAUUGUGGUCAUCAUUUUGGUAUCAAUCUGUCAAUCUUGUCAUUUUGAAGUAUGUUCAAUACAAUAUGUAAAAAGAGCAUUUAGUUUCUUUAAUUUAAAUUUGCAGAAAUUUAUAAUGUUUUAGCACUAAACAUAGGGCAAAUUUGUUAUCUUCUAUUAAUUGUGAUAUGAACUGGCGAGGGAUUUGAUAACUAAUCUUUUGUGGGGGGUUGCUUAUUAUUGGGUGCUUGAGGUAGAGCAAAAGUAAGGAGGAAUUUGGUCUUUGGUUAUUUUGUAUCUUUAAUUGAAAUUUGCAUAAGAAGCAGAUGGUAUGAGCACUAAAAGUAUGGCUAAUUUGUUCUCUUUUAUAAGUUCUUUACGAACUAGUGAGGAAUUUUACAACUAAUUUCAACAAGGGAUUCCUUAUUAUCAGGUGCUUGAGUUAGAAGAAAAUAAGGAGAAAUUCGGUGGUUGAUAUCUAGAUGAAAAC